UACAACACUCCCCGACUUUCUUUUUUCUUUAAGUUGAAAGAGCGAGCUAGGGUUUCUCUUCUCUACUGUUCUUCGCUCCCCUUUCCUUCACAACCUACUUGCUACUGAUCUUUAAACCCACUAAUCUUCUCCCUAAAAAUCAUACAUACCCUACUCUAAUCUCAAUCAAUGCACUUAUUUUUCACAAUUUCAAAAUUCCUCCUCAUUUCAGAUACUCAGUAAAUCUACUCUCUCUUUCUCUCAAACCCUUAAAAAAUUAGACACUUUGAAAAAAUCGACUAUGGCAAAGACUAGACCAGGCAAGAGAGAUUUGGAUUCUUACACCAUCAAAGGAACUAACAAAGUUGUCAAAGCUGGAGAUUGUGUGCUGAUGAGACCUUCAGAUACUGAUAAAGCACCAUAUGUAGCAAAAGUGGAGAAAAUUGAAGCCGAUAAUCGCAACAAUGUUAAGGUUAAAGUACGAUGGUACUAUCGGCCCGAAGAAUCCAUCGGGGGAAGAAGGCAGUUUCAUGGAGCAAAAGAGUUGUUUCUUUCAGAUCAUUUUGAUGUUCAAAGUGCUCAUACUAUUGAAGGAAAAUGUACCGUUCACUCAUUCAAGAACUAUACUAAGCUUGAGAAUGUUGGCACUGAAGAUUAUUUCUGCAGAUUUGAGUAUAAAGCUUCUACUGGUGGAUUCACUCCUGAUAGAGUUGCAGUGUAUUGCAAAUGUGAGAUGCCUUAUAACCCGGAUGACCUCAUGGUGCAGUGCGAGGGAUGCAAGGAUUGGUUUCAUCCUUCGUGUAUGGGCAUGACCAUUGAACAAGCGAAGAAAUUAGAACGCUUUCUGUGUGCUGAUUGUUCCUCCGAAGAUGAGGUCAAAAGAUCUCCGAACAAAUUUCCAGUUUCACCAUCAGCCGAAACUAAAGCCGAGGCAAAGCGCCGGAAGAAGUAAUCUGUUGAUGCGGAGUUCAUGGUGCACGAGGAUGAGGUACUCAUGUUGCAUGUUAGCUCUUCACUGUUGGUUUUAUGUGGAAUUGUAUAGUGCAGUAAACAUACUGUGCACGCGCAAAGCUGAGAUGAUCUAUCAAUGUGUAAUAUGUCUUUACUUUAUGACAUAUCGUGGAUUAGAUGUAGACACUACACAGUGAUUUUUACACCACGUCUUUUGCAAUCGGCGAAAACUGGUAUUUAGGAAAAUGGACUUGAUUUAUUUUCCCUUAGCGCGUAGGUGUUGUAGUAUGUGGAAAAACCUUGAAUGAAAAUUUGUCAGAUGUUUAUAACUUCUUGCCAUCUUAAUUUUCGAUUGUUAACAAGGCAAUGCCAAGUACUUCC